GCGGCAGGAAGUGAGUGUCUGAGCGACGGAGGGGGCAGAGCCGUGGAGUCAGCGCUGGUUUGGAAGGAGGACAAACAAAUAACCAUGCUAAAUCCGUGAAAUGGGCGCGCUGUGCAUCUUCACGCCACAUCGUUGACUUCGCACGCGCAGAAGCCAUUUGAGGGAUAAUCUCUGCCUCUGUCUUCGUCAUCGUCAGACUCUUGUGUUUGGAGAUUGUUUGACGGUCAGGACACGUGGACGGUCAGGACAGGACUCUGCUGUCCACCUACAUCUGAAGGACAAGGGUCACAUUCUGUCCAGGGAAGAUAGACCUCGACAGAAACCUGGAGGAACCAUCACAGCAGAGGAGGUGGACGAAGACACCAACAACACUGUCCUGAGCUGUCCUCAAAAAGACACCAACAACCUUAAACUGUGCAUGAUUCUACUGAACCACUCUCCAGACCACUCAGAAAGACCUGAAAGACCUUCUCUGAUCUGAAGAAGAAAUGUCCUCAACUCAAGUCCAGUUGUCCACAGUGAACUGCUGAAGACUGAACCUUCACUGACAUACAGUCUGGAUACUUCUGUGUCUUCAGAGACACUUCAGACACAGGAGUGAAGAAAAUUGAUCCCUCAUUGGCUGGUGUGGACACCCCCCCCCCCCUCCCCCCACAGGGCCACCACCUUCCAGGGUGGGCCUCAAUUGGCUGGACCUGCACUGAUGGACAAAAUGGCCACCAGCUUCAGAGCUGAGCUCUGCUGUUCCUCCCCCCCCUUCCCCACAUCACUGUUCAUCACUCUGGUGUGGACUGUGAAUCCCCCCCUCUGAUUUGCGUUAGAAUACUAUGGCAAUGCAUGAUAUGAGUCGUGCCAAGGGAUACCCCUGUAAAGAAUGUGAUAUGGUUUGUCCGAGUACUCCAAGUCUUCUAGAGCAUAUGAAAGCACAUUAUCAGCAGGAAGAGACUGGACGAUUUGAAUGUGAACAGUGUGGCCGAAUUUACAAGCAUGCAGCUAGCUUAGCCAGUCAUAAAAAGUCUCAUGAAGUGGGUUCAUUUCAGUGCCCCGUUUGUACCCGCACCCUGCCCAACGCUGUUGCUUUAAAGAACCACCUUCGUAUCCAUACUUUGUCCCCCAGUAGUGCACACGCAGAAGAGGAGAGUGAGGAAGUGCCUGAAGAAGCGGCCCACGACGAGAGGGACUUUGGUCUCGCCCAGGACCUGUCUGACGGGUUUGGCCGCUCUCAUUUGAAUAACAGUGGUAUGGGACAUAACGUCCUACAGAAUCACGAGAGAGACGACCACGGAAAAAAAGGCUCCCCUGAAUCUGACGAAGCUUGGGACAGACCGUUCAAGUGUGAUCAGUGUGACAGAACAUACCGGCACCACGGUAGUCUGGUGAACCACAAGAAGUGUCACCAACAAGGAACUUUUAAGUGCUCUGUGUGUUUCAAACAAUUUAGCAACCUGGCUGGCCUAAACAGCCACGAGAGAACUCACUCGAAGUUCAAGACCCCAGGGGCAUCAAUGGUGAGCAGCAGCAGCAGCAGUAGCAGCGCCGCUCAGUCAUCCCAGAGAGACGACACAGCCUCCUGUUUCUGCCACUUGUGCCAGGUGGCGCUGCCAAACAAGGCCGAUUUUCAGGAGCACAUCCUGCUGCACAACGCGGCAUCGCCCUCCCUCAGCCUGUCACGUAGUUUUGCAGGAAUUAUGCCUCACAAUCUGAGUGCUGUGCGUACUCCGACUUACACACCAGCCCUGGGUGACCCUCUGCCUCUGCCACCUUUGCCCAGUGAGAAAAGAGGUCCCUAUGAUCCCAUAAUGGGCCCUCCAGUCAACAACCCCAUCUACACAUGUGCGUACUGUGGCGCAGGACACCCUGAUCUAGAGACCCUAAAGGUCCACUACUUGACGCAUGAUCCACACCCUGCCUCCCACAGCCAGGACAGCUCCAUCCUCAACACAGAGUCAUUAAGUUCUGGGUCGCAGGGCUCUGUGUCCUCUCCCUCUGGAGGUCGUGUGCCCCAGUCCAAUUCUCCAGAUGAUGGAGAACGGCGCUUCAAGUGUGGGGAGUGUGGAAAAAGUUACCGGCAUGCAGGAAGUCUAGUGAACCAUAAACGCUGUCAUCAGACAGGCCACUACCAGUGCACCAUAUGCUGUAAGCAGUACCCCCACCUGGCAGCGCUACACAGCCACCUACGGAGCCACAAGGGACGCUCUUCUAACCAGCCUAUUGGUAGUGACAGCAAUGACUGGCUCUCUCCAGAGCCACUGACGCUGGAAUCUCAGCAGAGCUAUGUCCAGGAAGGCAGUGGCACUACCACUCCAAUCACACUGCCCGGGAAUCUCAGUGAUGCUGCCCACUUUGUUCAGGAUGGAGGUCACAGCAGUGGGUUGGACUCCCUUGAGUUCCAUGAUCGCUUUGAUGGCAGCUCACUCUCCCAGAGCAGCUCCUCACACCGACAGGCUGACAGGCAUGUGUGCGCAGACUGUGGUGAGAUGUAUGCAGAUGUGUCUGGCAUAAAGUCCCACAUGUGUCCUCGCCUUGGCCAACAGCAGCAGCAGCCACAGCAGCAGAAUAACAUGCCCAACGGUUUCAUGGGGAACAUGAACUACCACAGUUCCAGCAGCCUGAAGGAAAGUGGCAGCCAACGACAGUAUUCCCAGAGCGGAGGCAAAAGAAUGGGGAGCAACGAUAAAGAUGACGACGAUGAUGGAGAAGUGUAUCAAUGCUCCGUGUGUGGUAAUCAUUAUGCCAGCCUCAGAGCUCUCAGGAGUCACCUGCGUAGUCAUGCCAAUAACCCAACAGGUCCACGGCCAGGACCUUCCACCCUGGAGCAAGAUUGGAGAAUGAUAUGCUCCACUUGUGGCCAGAGCUUCUCUAGGAAGCAGGACUUGCUAAAUCACCAGUUAGUCCAUGGUCCUCAAAGGUCAGAUGGCCAGCAACAGGGUAUAGGAGGCAGCACAGCUAAUGGCAAUGACAAGAUGGAUGGGCGCAACCACAUUUGUGUUGACUGUGGCAUGUUUUUCGCUGACCGGCACCACCUCAUCACCCACCUGUGCCCCGGCAAGAACAGGGGCAGCUCUCUGAGCAAGCAAGGACUGAAUGGAGCUAAAGGUCUGUCAGGAGGAGAUGGUGUCAGUGGUGGAGUCGCUGGAGGGAGUCGUGAUGUUGGUGGCGAUGGACGUAGGACGAUGGUUGACCAAAGUGACAAGCCUCACAAGUGUGACCAAUGUGGACGAGGGUACAGGCAUCCAUGCUCGCUCCUGAAUCACAAGAAGUCCCAUAAGACUGGUGUUUUUCGCUGCUUGGUGUGCCAGAAACGCUACUACAACCUGCUGGCUCUCAAGAAUCACCAAAGAACACACUUUGACCUGAAGAGGCACAAGUGUGAAGAAUGCGGUAAGGCCUUCAAGAUCCAAAAGCAGUUGAUCAACCACCUCCGUCUCCACGAGGAGCACCGGGCCAAAGGUCUCGUUCGGACUGGCCCAAACGGUUCACGCUUCCAGCAACCAGGCCCGUCUCAAAUGCAGUCUAUGAGGGGAGAGUCAUCCAAGGGCCAAGUGAUGGGUGUCAAAUACAGCCACCAAGGCUUCAAGAAGCCCUACUCCUCAGCCGGAACCUCCAGGCCUCAGAAGUUUGACCCUGCUGAAAGUGGACGGCGGCCUUUUGCCUGUGAAGAAUGUGGAAAGACAUACAGACAUGCUGGGAGCUUAGCCAAUCACAAGAACCUUCACAAAAUUGGGGAGUACCACUGCAACGUCUGCAACUCUACAUACCCAAACAGGCUGGCCAUGAAAAACCACCUACGUCUCCACUUUGCCCAAAAGAAGCACAACUGCCAAGAGUGUGGCAAGGGUUUUCGCACUCAGAGACAGCUAGCUACCCACACUACAGCGGGCCUGUGCAAAGGCCCGCAGGGCCCGGGGGCCCAGAUGGAUUUUGAGUGCGACGGAUGCUGUGAAGGCUUCGCCACAGCUGAUGAGCUGGCAGCCCAUGACUGCCCAGCUCAGCACCUGCCCUCAUCCUCCUCCGCCAGCAGCUCCACCAACAUCAGCAUGGAGAGAAGCACGGUUGACCUGGACUCUGAUGAGAGACCCUACGCCUGCGACCUUUGUAGCUGUGCCUAUAAACAUGCAAGCUCGUUGCUGAAUCACAAGCACACGCAUAAGACGGGCAACUUCCGGUGCAACUUUUGUGACAAGCCGUACACCAACUACAUGGCACUACGUAACCACAUGCGCAUCCACACACAGCGGAAGAAGCACAUCUGCCUCACAUGUGGGAAAGCUUUCCGACUGGCCAGGUUUCUCCGCAACCAUCAGAAGGUCCAUGAGGAGGGUGCUACUCCCUUCGGCUGUCCCACCUGUGGGAAGAGUUUCCAGGGGAGGUCCGGUCUGGCCCGGCACCGCUGCGGGGACAACCAGGUAGGCAUGGAAGUCAGGAGGAAGGCCACGGCACCCCCAGGAGAGGGCGAAGAGUGUCGGUACACAUGUGAUCAGUGUGGUCGUUCCUACCGCCAUGCUAGCUCCCUUCUCAACCACAAGAACACCCACACAGUCGGCAUCUAUCAUUGUGCCGUGUGCCUCAAAACCUACUCCAACCUGCUUGCCCUGAAGAACCACCGCCGUAUCCACUCUGAGACACGGCGCCACCGUUGCCAUGACUGCGGCAAGGCCUUCCGCGUUUCCUCCCAGCUCUACAACCACAGACGAGUCCACCAGAAGCAACGGGAGCUGACCUGUAGGUCCUGUCAGAGAGCCUUCCCGACACAGGCCAGCUUCAGGCUCCACAUGGAGAUCACACAUCGACAGACACCGCAGCCCCACCAGCCCAGAACCCAGCAGCCACGACCCGGCGGCUCCCAGGAGCUGGGCUGGGGGUCAGGCCUGGACCUCACAUUAAUGCAAGAGCAAGGACUCAACCCAGGCAGCAUCGCUAAAGCCCGCAGCCGUGGGGGCAACAGUGCGGUCAUUAAGUCUCAUGUCUGCGAUCAAUGUGGACGGUCUUACCGCCAUGCCAGCUCCCUACUCAACCACAAGAACAGUCACAAAACUGGCACCUACUUCUGCAACUCCUGCCAGAAAGAGUUCCCUAACCUAAUGUCGCUGAAGAACCACAGGAGGAUUCACACCGAGCCCAAACGUUACCAGUGUCCAGACUGUGGAAAGUCCUUCCGUGUCUCGACGCAACUCAUCUGCCAUCGGCGCAUCCACACCAAGGAGAAGCCGUUCUCCUGCCAGCACUGUGACAAGUGUUUCUCCUCCAAGUCCAACCUGAGGCACCACAUGAAGGUGCACUGGAGCAGCUCAACAGCGCCCUCUUCCAUGGCCAUUGGUGCGCCCAGCUUCCUGGGUAUGCCCGGUGGCCCCUUCAUAUGAGCUAAGGAAGAGGGGGUGGGGCUGGUGAUUGGUUGUACAAGUUAUGGGUUGGGGGGCGGAGUUGUAGUCACAAAAUGUAGCUCUUCCUCCUGCUCCCCCUCCUCUUCCCACGUGUGUCUGUGGGGAGUGUGGUCUUCUCGGCCGUCCUGCACAGACAGACAGGUGGUCUGGCUCACAGACAGACAGACCCGCCUCCCUAUUUGUAGUGCUGAGCGACUUGUACAUUUGUGGUUGAACUUUGAUGAGGAAUCCUGGCCACACUGCUGCAGACACUGAGCUGAGUACAGACGGACAAACACUGACACGUGUAUGGCUGACUGAGUGUUGGGGGAGGAGCCACUGCAGUUUCUGAGCAGUCCCAUGAGUCGACUCAUUGUUGCUGACGUUUGCUGGGAGUUUAGUUUCUCGUGGCCUUUGUCAGUGUUUUUAAACCACAGAGGUCUGAACUGACUGUUUUAACGUGACUCACCUGCAGGAGGCGCCGUUGAGGACGGGGCUUUGUAUCUGACUGACGGAAAGGAGUGUGUGUGUGUGUUUGUCAUAAACACUGACCUUGUCGGGACCAGUCGGGACCAGUCGUCCUCAUGGAGAAUAAAACCUGGUCCUAAUGAGGCGGAACCUAAUUUCUGAGGAACUGGUUAAGAUUAUAAUUGUGGUUAGGUUAAGGUGAGGGUUAGUCAUUAACUGGUUAUGGUUAAGGUUAGUGAUAAGCCUUUGUUUAGUCUGUUUAAAUGAAUGGAAGUCAAUGCAGAGUUUGUGUGUGUCGGUCAGGUCGCCUCCUGAUGCCUCUGUCUCACAUACGACCUCAUCGACCGCAGCUUUGACAGAAACGUUUGGCGACGCUUCCAUUUCACGGUCGGUUGUUCGCGUCUCAGGGGAGAGAUGAACUCCCCACAACACACUGCAGGGGGCAGCGGUGGGCGGGAACUGGAGCAAUCUGUGAAGACGCGACUUCAUCUUUUAAGAAACAUCUGUCAAAAUGACGUCAUCAGUUAUGCGGCGUUUAGUGUCUGCGGAGAGUCGGGGCACCAGCCCUGCCCCCAUCUUUAAAUGGCCUUAGCGACAUAAACGUCUCACACGUUUUUAAAUUACACAUACUUCCAUCAUGUAUGGAACAUUUGUCGUGAACACAGCGAAGAAUAACAGCAGCCAAUCACAUGGAUUCAGUGGCGGGCCUUCAUUUAAAAUGCACAGUUUCUGCAACGCUGAAGCAGAGAGCGUGUGAUAGAAGCUGAUUCUGGUGUGUUUGAACACCGACUGUUCAUGUCUGGGUUUGAUGACAUCACAGCCUCUGAGUCUGUCUGUGUUUGAUGACAUCACAGCCUCUGAGUCUGUCUGUGUUUGAUGACAUCACAGUUUCAUGAACACUUCGGCCUCUUUAUUUACUCACCAGUUAGUGACCAGUCCUGUGAUCUGAACCAGCGACCCUCAGGUUAAAAACCCAAUUCCCUUCCACUUGGCCAUGGGCUGUCAAAACAAGAGAGCGCCACCCACUGGACUGGAAAUGUACAUCAAAUGUUGGGUCUGUGGUGUCCAUGUGGAUGUUGGCGGACACACAUGUAUGAAGUGAAAUUGUGUGACGGUGGUGGCGACGCGGUGGGAACGGCGGACCGGUUCUGUGAGUCGAGGCGUUAAAGUCGGCGGGCUGCGUCGGCUCUUCGCGGUGACGGUGUUCCCAACGUGUCCUCGUUCUUUGAGUCUGUAUGUGAGACGGUGAUGUCACUGAUCUCCCAUCAUGCCCCAGGGCUGUGCAGGUGUUUCUCUGUAUUUAUCGUACUGACUGUGUGACCUUCACGACCUCUUUUCUAAGAAGGAAAAAAGACGAGCGAUCAUCGUAGUACUGCAUUUAUUUAUAUUAUGGACAUUAUUAUUAUAAUUCUUAUUAACUCUUGUAAUGGACGGCACUCGUCAUUAGGAUGAUGUGAGUUUAGAGCUUUGAUGUAAACCCCUCCCCCUUUACCCACAGUCCCUCUGUUGUGUGGAGACGAUGUCGACGGACACUGGGCUUCACUCAGACCUUGAACUUUUCAUGAACUGGAACUUUUCUUUGCCUUUAACCAAGUGAUUUUGUGACGGUCGAGUUUUCCCAUCAUCCCACUCUUCCAUAUUUAACUCCGCCCACUCCGACUUCCUGCGUCACAGACUCUCACUCACGUUGAAAAGGGACGACUCGACGUGAUUUUGUCCUUUUUUAUGUUCCAUGUUUUCUGGUAACCUAUUGUAUUUAUUGGUGUUAUUUUAUAUUCACUUAAUUUUUUUCCCUCUUUAAUUUAAUUGCGUUUUUGUUUUGUUUUUCACUCUUGGAAGCCUGUGUGUUUAAGAAAAACAACAAAAAAGUGUUUUCAGAAGAACCUGGUGCUAGUUUGAAAAAAAAAAGCUAAGAGUUGGAGCUGUGCAGUGACCGUCAAGUGCUGUAGGAGUCAUGUGAUCUAGAACUCAGAAAUAAUAACUGUACAUCUGCUUCCUUCACUUUAGUUCUCUUUUUUUAAGACACUUUCCCGUCUGCAUUUCAACUUGUUUUUAAAGAAGAAGAAAGAAACAUUUGUUUGGGACAAUUAUAACCUUUUCUGCUUUAAGAUUUAAUGUUUUGUUUCCAUUCAUAUAUAUAUAUAUAUAUAUAUAUAUAUAUAUAUGUGUAUGUAUAUAUAUGUAUGUAUAUAUAUGUAUAUAUGCAUGUAUAUAUAUAUGUAUGUAUGUAUAUGUAUGUAAUGCUUACUAUACACUUUUAUAAACUAUGUUUUGAUAAUUCAUUUCUUAACAGAAAACCUUGUCCAUAAACUAUAACCUUACUGCUGAGUAUUGAGAAUAAAUAGCUGAAAAAAAUAAACACAAGUCAAAUCCAUGAGUUUCUGUUUUGUAAAUCUAGUUAAAAAAAAACCAGAAUAUUUACAACAUUUUUGUUAACAUCUGUUAUGUUAUUCGUAACAUUAAUUACGUUUAACAUUUGUAGUAUUUUUAGUAGUACUUCAUUUUGGGUACAUGACUUUUUUAAUUUUCAGAAUUUUUUAACGUUAAUGACCCAUUUGGUUAAUUCAGAAAACUAACAAUAGUUAGAAAAAAAGUAAAGUCUGUAACAAUAGUUAAACUUACAUCUUCUCAGUCAUAAUUGGUCAGAAUUGUUUUUAAAUCAAAGUUUUUCUUCCCCAGAUUAAAAUUGACUUGAUAACGAG